UGUCGCUGUGGUCACGUGACGCAGUUUGAAAAAGAGACGUGGUUCGGAACCGCGCCCCGGCCGAGAGUCCAGUAGCGGAGAGAGAGAGGCGGGCGGUUGACGCGCGGAGCUGCUGUCGUUUCCGCCUCGGCUUUCACGCGCGGGUGGAGGGGGAAGAAAAGAACAAAGAGACGCGUGGAUCGGAGGAGACUGCUUGUGUGUGUGUGUGCGCGGAGCAACAAGACCUCACGCGAGCGAAGAUCCGACGGGAGAGAUAAUAAAACCAACGGUGGCUGGUGCAACCGUCGCGUGCGAUCUCGGACUGCGCGGUUUUCCGGUAUGACGUCGUUGCGGUGACGUCAUUCGAGGUGGGCUCGUUCGCCGCGGGGGAACGUUCGAGAUUUCUUUGUCUCGUUCUCGCGUCGAUACUGCGUACUAUCGCGAUGGUGAUGUUCGUCGAGGUGAAACGUGCGUGAGGUGGAUUGUGCGUGGUGGGAGUGUGACGGGGGAAGACGCGGCGAUGAGGACCCAGUAGGCGAAGAUGCGGACGUGCCUGCUGCUGUGUCUGUGGUGGCUGAUGGCGGCGGGGGCGGCGCGGGGCCAGGCCGACCCCACGGAGGUGGCCGGGGGCGUGAUAGCCGGCCGCGCCAUGACGCUCACGAGGGCGCACAGCCCCUACCUGGUGCGCGAGGACCUGGUGGUGGCGCCCACGGGCGAGCUGGUGCUGGAGGCGGGCGUGGAGCUGCGCUUCGCCGCCAUGGUGGGGCUCACCGUGCGAGGCGUGCUCACGGCCAGGGGGACCGCCGACGCGAGGAUCCUGCUGACGGCGGGGUCGGAGCCGCCGGCGCUGCCGCAGCUGCCCGAGGCGCGCCUGGUGGACGGGCAGUCCGUGCUGUCCGGCCGACUGCAGGUCCGGCACCGCGGCCGCUGGCUGUCCGUCUGCUCCAACUCCAGGAACUGGACGCGGGCGGACAUGGAGGUGCUGUGUCGCCAGCUGGGCUACCAGGGCGGCGGCUGGCUCGGCUGGUUCGACCGCCAGCCUGGCUUUCGCCCCCGCCUGCUGCUGGAGCAGCCAGGCUGCCGCGGCACGGAGACCUCGCUGGCCGAGUGCGCCUGGGCCAGCCGGCAGGUGGGCGCCGGCGUGUGCGACUACCACCCUGACAUCGGGGUGCAGUGCGCGCCCCGCCACGUCACCUCCUCGGGGGUGGUGCACCACUGGAGGGGGGUGCGCUUCGAGCACGCCCUGGCGGACCGCGUGCUGACCAACCAGAACACGCAGUACGUGCUCACGUCGCGCUCCGAGCUCAGCCACGUGGACAUCAGGUACGCGGGGUCGGGGCGCAACUACAACACGAGCGCCUCGCUGCACGUGGAGGGGGUGCCCCCCAGGGUCGGCAGUCUGUCAGUGACCCGCGGCGCGCACACGGGCAUCAGCGUGACCCGGCCCGGCGCGCCCCUCGUGCUGCGCAACUGCACCCUCCGCAACAACAGGGGGCACGGGCUGCACGUGAACAGCUCGACCGGCAUGGUGCUGCUGGAGGGCUGCCUGGUGACGGAGAACGGCGGCGACGGGGUGCGCUACGUGCGCCACGACCCCGACCUGACCCGCGGCGUGGACCGCAGCGCCAUGUACGACUUCUGCACGCUGCCCACCACCGCGGGCCAGACCUUCCCCGUCGAGUUCACCGUCGAGCAGAGCGCGCGCAACCCCUCCGAGAAGACCUGCACCAAGCAAUUCCACACCGUGCCGGGCACCACGCUGACCCUGCAGUUCGUGCAGCUGCUGGCGCAGCGCAACGACAGCGCGCUGAUCCAGGUGUUCGACGGGCUGGGCCCCGGCGACCGGCUGCUGGCCUCGCUGCGCCUGCGCAACGGCUCCAAGCCGCAGAGCGUCGCCACCACCGGCCGGACCGUGUACAUCACCUUCCGCGCCGAGCCGCGCGCCGAGGUGCUGGCGUUCCUGCUGCUGUCCGUCGGCCCCGGAAAGACGUACGACCUGAACGUGUCGGAGUCGACGGUGGCUGACAACAACGGGCGGGGCAUCGCGGUGGAGAACAUGCGCAGCCAGCUGCACGUCCACCAGAGCUCCGUGUCAAACAACCACCACGUGGCCGGGGUGCACGUGCUGGGGGGCGCGGGCGACGUCAACGUCUCGGACAGCCGCGUCGCCUUCAACGUCGGCGACGGCGUCAACGUCUCCUACGUCGGUGGCAACCGCAACAUCACGCGCAGCUGGCUGUCGUCCAACAAGGGCUACGGCCUGGCGGUGUGGCUCAACGACUCCGUCGACUCCCCGCACCUCGCCUUCAACCAGACCACCGUCGUCUCCUACUCCGAGAUCUUCAAGAACGAGGACGUCGGUGUCUUCCUGGGGAACCACUCCGGGGAGUCGUUCGUGAACAUCAGCGGGAACUGGUUCAACGACAGUUUGUAUUCUGCGGUCGAAAUAGAAUCUGCUUGGAGAGUUAGAAGCAGCUUGUUGAAAUUACAAAUUGGACACAAUUUUUUUAUUCAAAAUCAUAGGCAUGCCAUUAAGAUAAGCCCAGCGAUAAACGUAGAUGGAAGAAUAGAGUACAACUAUUUCACGAAACAUACGUACGGCUGUAUAUUGGUGAAGAACAAACUCAUGGAAGAGUUUAAUGUUUUUCCGGCGAGAUUUCUGGUGCAAUAUAACGAAUUUGAAUUCAACCAAGGGGUUUACGUUGUUAACCUGGGUUUGUCCCCGUACAGUGAAGUGCAACAUUUGUUGUUCACCCGGAACUUUGUCAGAGACAAUCGAAUCAAAGAGCCGUUCAGUUUCAGCGACAGGACAGAUCUGAAUCCGCGUGGCAGAGUGGCUGCUCCGGUGGUCGUCAGUUCCAGCAACGUCGACAUCUUCCGAAACAUCCUCCAAAAUCCAGAGUCGAACUACGAGGUGGGAUCCCACUUGGAAGAUCAGAGCAAGGUGAUUAAUUGCACCUACAACUGGCUGGGAUUCUCUACAGAGGAGAAGAUUUUUUUCAGACUCUUUCACAGGAAGGACCGCUACAACCUGGCCAGGAUCCAGUACCUGCCGUUCCUCCUGCACAGCAGCAACCCGGGGGACACGCGCGUCGUGGCGACGCCCCUGUACGUGCCCCAGUUCCACGCGGCGGGCUCGGGCGUGGUGGGGGGCGAGGUGGACGGGGUGGAGACCCUGCGGGCGGGGGAGUACACCGUGGAGCGGGACAUCAACGUGCGGCCCGGGGGCAGGCUCACCAUCCAGCCGGGCGUUACGCUCAGGUUCCCGCCCUCGAUCGGCAUGAUGGUGGCGGGGAAGCUGGACGCGAGGGGCAGCGGGCCCAAUGACAUACGCCUGACGCUGGAGGACGCCCGCGUGGAUACGCCGCAGAAUGACACGGAGCCAGCGGCCGAGGAGAGCAGCGCGCCCGUGCGGCUGCUGGGCGGCCGGACGAGCCGGGAGGGGCGGCUGCAGGUGCGUGUGGGCGCGACGUGGGGGACCGUGUGCAACUACGGCUGGAGCAUCACGGCUGCCGCGCUCGUCUGCCACCAGCUAGGCCUGGUCCUGGACCCCGACGACUGGUUCCUGCAGAGAGCUGAGAUCCCCGACGCAGGGACCAACGAACCUGUCCUGCUGAGCAACGUGCGGUGCAGCGAGGAGGACGUGGACAUCACGCGGUGCCGGGCGGAGACGGCGGACGACCUGGAGAACUCGUGCGGGCACGAGAGCGACGUGGGGCUGCGCUGCCAGGAGCCGUCCUGGGCCGGCGUGAGGCUGGGGGUCCUGGCGGAGCCCGCCCGCCUGCAGUACGUCACCGUGGAGAGGGCCGGCCUCUUCGACUACUCCACCAACGCCUUCAAGCCAGCGCUGCAAGUGGACCUGAGCCGCCACGUGCUGGAGAGCGUGCGUCUCGUGAACAACCUGCAGGACGGGCUCGGCGUGCUCUACUCCGACAUGUACUCCACGCGCGACGUCAACCUGGCCAGGAACUGCGACUUCAGCAACAACCGGGGCAGCGGCAUCAGCUUCAAGCAGCUCGGGAUGCGCGUGUCGGGCUCGUCGCUGGAGAACAACAAGAUGGCGGGCGUGCGGCACAACCCCGCCCUGACCGGGCAGCAGCAGCGGGAGCUGGCGGGGUGGUUCACGCCCCCCGCCGACGCUGCGGGCUCCCCCUACGCCCCCUACAGCCCCCUCCUGCUGCCCUCCACCUUCACCAACAUCGAGCUGGGCGAGGGAGAGACCAAGCACCUGGUGACGCAGCGCGUCGGCCCGGACGCGGUGGACCGCAGGUUCUACGUCAGGUGCACGCCCGGCCAAGUGGUCGGCAUACAGCUGCUGAACCCCAUCAGCGCCGGCAGCUCCGAGUCCAUCGUCAUCUACGACGGCCUCUCCGUCGCCGACGGCACGCCGUCCUGGGACCUCAGCCGGGACCUGGUGGUCUUCCCCACUGUCACCGUCUCCUACGGCCUGGUCAUGGACUACGCCAGCGGCACCAACGCGCUGGGCGGGGCGGUGGUCAUCCUGUCCUCCGUCGUCGCUCCGGUGCAGAACAUCAAGAACAGAGUGGUGCGAGGUCCCGUGCCAACUCUCACGCUUGUUAACUCCAGGAUCAAGAACAACAAGUUUGGCAUCUAUGCUGCUUAUUACAACAGGUAUCUAGAUGAACUGGGGAAUCAUUUUCUUCGCAAAUCGAAUGAAUCCAUCAAUGUCAUCAAUUGCGAUAUUUCCCACAACACGGAGAGCGCCAUAUCGGUGGUGUCCCCUUACUGGGAUGUGUUUGUGUCAAACGUGUCAGAGAUCACCAUCAUGGUGAACAGCUCUCUGAUCACAGACAAUGGCCAAGGAAUCCAUCAGUUCAGCAGGGACUUGCGGGGCUCGAACAAUCUGUUCCACUGGAUUCUCCAGUCGGACACAGUGGAGAGAAACGCAGUCGGAGGUUUCGACGUGUCCCUGCCUUACGUCUGGCAGUACAACGAGAACUUCACCCACUCCUUGUUCUUUGCCAACAACACGUUCCACAAUAACAAGAAUUUUGCCUUCAUUGUGGGUGGUCACUUUGCGAAGGUGAACAUGAGCAGCAACGUGUUCGACGGGAACCAGUGCAAGACGGGGCUGGUGCUGUUCAGCGGCAUGGAGAAGGAGCUGCAGGUGGACGGCAACCGCAUGGAGAACAACGCCGGCCAGUUCAUGGUGGAGUUCCGCGCCGACAGCCAGUCCGAGAUCCUGGGCACGGUGCACGCUCGCUUCGAGCUGAACAUCGUCAAGGGCAACCGUUUCGGGCUGCCGUCGUUCAACAGAGGUUUUCUGCAGGUCACCAGCCCACCUACGUACGUUAUUGGAUUCAAUGGAAUCCAGAAAGUUGUCAUAUACCGUAAUCGUCUGGGCAACAACGGCAUGGACUACGAACUUGUGGCCGGAGUGAGGACGGCGAAAAUAAACAACGCCAUCAACGUCAAAGAAAACUGGUGGGGGUCCGCUGAUGUCACAGAGAUUAAGAAGAGGAUUUUUGAUUUUGAUGAUUGGAACAAUCAUGCCAUGGCAGAUUUCAGGCCAUAUCUGACGGAAGAUACGUUCGAGUCAUCUGUAUCGGUGUCCUUCGAACAACCGUCACCCAUUGAUCUGGACAACCUGGGUGGACGACUGCAGGAGAGUCUGACGCUGUACGAGCGAGGGCAGCCGUACGUCGUGAAAGCCGAUAUCACAGUCAUGCCAGAGGUGACGCUGAGCAUCGCCGCGGGUGUGGUGAUGGAGUUCGCCCCCAACGUGGGCAUCCUGGUGCUCGGCACGCUGCGGGCACAGGGCCGCAGGGGCCAGGAGAUCGUCAUGAAGCCCGUGGAGACGAGGGCCAACAUGGAGGACAACGUCGUCGUGAAGAGACAGGUGCGGGAGCCCUUGCUCUCUGAGUCCGUCCGCCUCUGCACCUGGCGCAACUGCACCAGCACUCCGCAGGAUCAGGAGUUCGGAUCUCUGGCUAACAACGAAGGCUUCCUAGAAUAUUUCAAUCGGACAACGCUCCAGUGGGUUCCGAUAUGUGACGAGCGCUUCACGGAGAGAAAUGCUCAGGUCGUUUGUCGAGAGCUCGGCUUCAGCACGCUCAGCGUCUUCUUCGACUACGGGCCGAGGGUGGAGUUCCACCAGAACUCGCUGACGAGAAUAUGGUCGUGGCCUGAACCUCUCCAGUGUGUGGGUGAUGAAACAAAGUUCGAAGACUGCAAAGUACGUCUGAACGGCCAGCGUUACGGGCACAGGGAAGAGUGUCCAUGGAACGGUGACUUUGUGUUCAUACACUGCGGGGAAACGAACGUCGACCACCCGUUCCAAUUUUGGGGUGGCAUCAGGUUCGCCCACGGGCAGUUCGAGCAGAGCCUGUACGAGAGCCGCGUGCACGACACUGUGACGCACCAGACCACCGGCCGCGCCGACUCCGUGCUGGAGUGGCUGAACCUGACAGGGGCCGGUGUGCUGCACAACGAGAAGUCCCCGGCCAUCCUCGGCGUGUCCCAGUCCCCGGCCGUGUCCAGCGUCAACGUGAGCCGUUGCGCGUCGCACGGCAUCGCGCUGGUGUCCCCCGUGGACCACGCCCGCCUGCUCUUCAACAGGGUGGAGCACUCCCUGGGCGUGGGCGUGCUGGCCGUGCUGCUGACGGGCGAGGGCCGGGAGGCGGGGGAGAGCUCCUUCGCCCCCCUGCGAGGCCUGAUGCUGCCCUACCACGUGUUCAGCAUGAUGGACGCGUGCGACCCCGCCAAGGUGGUCACCGUGGAGGAGCGCGUGCUGCUCUACUUCAAGUACGACAGCAACCCCGUCAACUGCGUCAAGAUAUUCAAGAGCACCUACAACUCCAAGCCGUUCGGCUUCAGGCUGCUGCAGUUCAACCUGUUCAACUCGACUGGCAAGCCUGGUCGUCCGGACAGCAUCACCAUCUAUGACGGCGAUAUCUACAACGUCACGGCCCGCGUCAUCGGUUCCAUCGAAGUCGGGAACUCCGUUGAGAAGAAGUUCUUCCGCACAAACUUGCCAAGCAUGAGCGUACGGCUGUUUGCGAACGGGGCCAGCAGCGUGCACGGCUUCAUAGCGGAAAUAGUUACGCUGCCCAUUUCCGCCAUUGGCUUCAAUCGCGACGUGCAGCACAACAUAUCGUACUCGGUGCUGUCGAACAACCGCGAAGGGGCAGUGAGCUACAGCAGUGCCGGGGAGGUGAACCCGGCCGUGACCUUGGAGUGGAACCAGUUCACCCGCAACUGCGCCAAGCUGUACGGCAACUUCAGCACUUGCAAGGCUGCGGUCGACAUGGACGUUCAGAACACCCAGAACAUUUACUUCAGGAACAACUACGUGCGGCACAACCAGGGGGGCCUGGCGGUGAAGGCAGACUCCCGGGGCUCGGCCACCUCCCUCAAGGGCUGGGUGCACAACAACCUGUUUGCCGACAACGGGCCCCACCCGGCGCUGUCGCUGGAGGGUCGGCACAGCAGCCCCUACCAGGAGGUCACCGUCUACCGCAACUACUUCGCCCACAACCAUGCGCCCUUCGCCAACGUCAUCGCGCUCAAGCAGGUUGUAUCAAACUUUACGUACAACUAUGUCCAUGAUAAUAGAGGACAAUACAUUCUGGAGGUAUCAGGAUUCGAGAAGGUACGACUGCCAAUAUACCAGACAACCUCACACAACGGUUUUUACAAAAACUAUGCUUUGGACAGGCAGUCUCGUGGAACAAUCAUUGCAGGAACAGCUGGCCAGCAAUAUGUGGAUAAUGUCUUCUUCAAUCCUGACAAUGAUUACGAAAUUGUAACAGUGAACAGAUGUCUAGCAGGGUUUAAUAGCUCGCACGACGUGUGGAAGUCGCGCAUCGACGCCGCGCACAACUGGUGGGGCUACAACGAGACGCUGUCGGUGAGCAGCCGGAUACGGGACCGGCUGGACAGCCGGGAGCUGCUGGAGAUAGACUUCGAGCCGUUCCACAUGAACAACCGCAGCGUGCUGAGCGGCAAGUGCCCGCCCGGGUGGGGCGAGGUCGGCGACACUUGCUACAUCUACGUCGGCGCGCCUGCCAGCUUCGACCAAGCCCGGGCCUUUUGCAGAUCUGUGAAUGCUUCAAUGCCAUACGUGAUGGGAAACUACCUCAGUCUGUUCGAAUUCUUGCGAGGACAGCAAAGAGGGUUCCAGUUUUACGAUCGCGUGUGGGUCCAGAACAUAGACUUGAUCAACCGUUGUACCGUGUUCGUUUACCAGACCAUCGAGGUCGAUCACUGCCAGAGGCUCAAUCCGUUCCUCUGCGAAAUAGACCCGAAGGUGCUGAUCGACCCGCUGAGCUGGCGCGACGACGUGGUGACGGUGGCGGUCCUGGGCAGCGUGGGGGCGGCCCUGGUCGUGGUGGCCGUGGUCGCCGGCUUCUGGUACAGGAAGUCCCGCCACCGCCACGCGGAGCGGCUCCAGAGACGCAGCUCCAUCCGCCAGUCGCUGCACUCCAUCCGGUCCGUGGGGCUGGCGUCCUCGCAGGCCGGCUUCUCCGACCUCAGCCUCCGGCGCAAGCUGCCUCCCGCGAGCAACCGUUCCAGUCCUACCCUCACGAAAACAUCAGAUUACAAGAAAAUGAACGGUAGUAUGGAUUCCAUGGACAAAUCUCAGUUCAACUCGUCGGUGGAGGACAACAGAAGCUACGACAUCUACGAAGCGCACAACCCGAACGCCUCCGCGGCGACCUUCAACUUCGCCUCCGACCUCACCCCCACCCCCAGCAGCGAGGCGGCGAGCCCGGGGUUCAACCUGGCGUACAGGAACGCCGGCUUCAGGGACACCUCGACGCUGGCGUCCCGCGAGGACUGGACGCAGUCCGCCUACGACGAGCCGGCGGAGGACUACCUCGCCAGCUCCGCGACCUUGCCGCUGGACGCCACCUUCCGCCCGUCGAAGUACCACGAGCCCCGGCCCCCGCCCCUGGAGCUCCCGCUCCUGCCGCCCGAGCCCCCCGAGCCCUACUACCCCAGCAGCGCCAACCUGCUGGAGACGGACGUGGACGACCCGGCGGAGCGCCCCCGCAGCGAGAUGCUCCUGGAGACCAACCUGGACGAGGGACUGCCCAGCAAGCCCGCGCGCUCCAAGAGCGAGGUGCUGCUGGAGACCAGCCUGGACGCCUUCGCCGCGCCGACCGAGACGGUGCCCUUCCACCGGAGCAAGAGCCAGCCGCUGGAGACCUCCAUGUGAGGCUCCGACGAGACGCACAAGCACACGUCAUCUUGUUGUGGAACAAAAACACGUGUGUUCGGGAUAUCGAUAAAACAAGAAGUACAUUCAUCAGUUAACAAGCUCCUCUAAAUUGUAUGUUAGUCUGUGAUCUUGGAGGAAAUAUGUGUUGUGGGAUAUUAAUGGGAGGCGGGCAGGCAGACACCCAAAAAAAUUUUCUAUCAAAAUAUUAUUUCCAAAAAAAAAUAUUUGGCUAUUUAUUUUCAGCCCAUUGAAUCUUAAAUCUAGUAUAAUUUAUUCUUUUUUUUGUUUUGUUUAUAUUUAUAUUUUUAUAUAUAUAUAUAUAUAUAUAUAUAUAUAUAUAUAUAUAUAUAUAUAUAUAUAUAAAAAUAUAUAGAGGAAAGUGCCCAAAAGUGGACCCCCAUUUUGUUUUUUAAUAAAAACACAUAGAAAACUAUAAAAAAAUAUGUUUUUAAAGCAUGAUAUAUUUACUUUGUUAAGUUGUAAAGCAUUUGCAUAAGUAAUUUUGGAAAAUAUAAUUAAAAAUUGCUUUAAAAAAAUUAUUUACCAAAUUCUUACACUUUGACGAUUUUAAAAAUAGUUGCCUAAAUCGGACCCCUUGUAAAAACUAUCAUAAAAACACAGAGUAAAACAACAAAUAAGGUAUUAAAUCAAAGAAAACAUAAUAUCUAUAGUUUCAGAAUAUACAUAAUAUAAACAGUAACUGAUUAAGUUUCAAAUAAACCUAUAGAAUGUUAAGAUACAGAAAUUAUAAACAGAAUAACAUCAUUUAGCGACAAAAGUCGCAAAUAUAAACGUCCUGUUCAGCCCAUGCACAAUCCGCAUGGGCCCACAGUAAGCACAUAACACACAUGACCCAAAGUUCCCCUUUAGAAUCCUCCGUAAAUUUCCUCUUACAAAACAUACACGAAGCAUCAUCAUCUUUGGAUGGUGAGACUCCCGGCAGAAUGUCCAAUUCGGAUCUUCAGAGGGUAUGCUGUUUUCAUCUUCGGUGCUUGAUCCUUUCACAUUUCUCUCAAAAUUAAAACACCUUGUCAAGAGACCUUUUAUUUUCUUGAUGGCUCUGUUCCUGAACCACGAACCCGGCCACGAUUCCUUUUGCGUCCUUGACCAUGAUUUCGUUCUUGCUGUUCUGCUUCCUUGGCUUCUUUAGCUUUUUUAGCUUCCACUUAUUGGGUUUUGUAAGGAGUAGAUGUAAUGACUGUAGAACUGCAGGCCUUUCGUCCUCUGUUCGAGGUCCUCUUUUUAAUUUUUGGGAUGGGAGUGAUGUCAAAUGGGCUUGUCUUAGAAGAUGUGGAACUCUGAGGAUCCUCAGUUGUAGCUGAUGGCCGCGGAAUACCAAGACCUGCCAAAAACGUUGAUGGUUGACUUGGUUCAAACUCUACAAUAACUCAUGGUUCCUCUGUGUUACGUUCUUCUCUGAUCUCUCGAUAGCUCUGACUUUCUGCAGUUUGUUUCUUCAACACAGAUUCAUAGAAACUUGAAUCUCGUUUUUUGUUUGUCUCUUCAAUGUAUUCAGCAUCAAAGCACAGCUUCUUGUUCAAGGGAUAUAUGCCUGUUACUUUAAAUCCAUUGAUUGCUAUUUGAGCAGUUUGGCAUCUAAUAUAGGCUUUGCCAAACAGUUCCAUUACAUCAAAAGGACUGACGGCGCGCUCAUUGUGCCUUAACCAAUGCCUGAUUUCCUCAUUGUAAUAAGCUUUGAGAGGACCCAUGAAACUUCUAUCCAGCGGUUGUAGUUUGUGCGAGGAGUGUGGCGGCAGCGACUGAAUGGUAACAUUAUUCGCUUUUGCCAAGUCGAUCAGAUCAAUAUUCUGUGUGGGGCUAAAGUGACCAUCCAAAAGCAACAGCACAGGUUUUUCAUUUGUAGGAUGGGCAAACUCGAUGAAGUGUCGAAACCACUGAGUGAAGGAGUUGGUUUGGAUUCACCCUGAAGGAUGCGCUGCAAAGAUUGUUCCUGGUGUAGAACCUUUUUUUGCUGUUCACUCAUAUUUUUCCUCGGAAAAAUUACUUAAGGUGGUACAAAUGAGCCACUAGCAUUCAUACAAGCAACAAUUGUUAUAAGUGCCCCACGUUCUCCUGAUGUCAAGGCAGCAACCUGUUUUUUACCCUUAAGGCCAAUUACUUUUGCUACUUUACUUUUUACCACUGUAAUUCCACUCUCAUCAACAUUGCAAAUUCUGUCAGGAGAAAAUUUACCUUUCUCGUAAAUAUUUUCCAUAACAUUAAAGAAUUUCUCUGUAUUUUCUUUGCUGAACCCAAGAGCCCGGCUGUAGGAUGUUCCAGUAGGCUUCCUUUCUGACAGUUUGGUUUUGUGGCAUUUAAGAAAAAGUUUUACCCACUUUUUCCCAGAAAUUCCAUCUUUGAAAGGAUAUUCAAUGUCAUUUCUCUCUGCCAAUUGUACAGCCAUUCUUCGGAAGUCAUUACGAGUAAGUCCAAAAAAAAGAUGCUUCCAUAGCCAGACAAUAAUGAACAAGCUCAUCUUCAAGAUCUUCACCCAAAACUGUAGGUCUGCCUCUUUUUGUUAUUGCUGCUUCCUCAGGUGUACCGUACUUCAUGUUGGACAACCUCAUUAGUGUGGUUUUCGGAACACUAAAAUUUGAUAACUGGCCUUCUUCCAACCCAUCUUCUUUUUCCGAAUUUCAUUAAUAGCCGUAGUCAUUUUAGAAGGACUCCACUUUCUUUGAUCAAUUUUCCCCAUUAUCCUUUUGGAAUCUGCAACAGAAUUUCAAACGUAUAAGAGUAUAUACAAAUGUAAGCCGACAUUAGACAUGAUUAUGUAAGGGGUCCGGUUAAGGGAACAAGGGGUCCGGUUUAGGCAACUGAAGGGGGUCCGGUUUGCGCGACUGUAGCUAACAUAUUGCUAACCCAAUAAAUUUUUAAUCAAGCAUCCAAAUGAAACGGUUUGGUAACAAACAUUUACAGUACACCUUGCCAUUAAAAAAUAUAUAUAGGUCCAAAGGCUUACCUGCCAAUAUCUUGGAGAAAUUAUUAAUUAUGUAGCACACUGCAAAAACUUUUUACACUGCCACAACACACAAUGGCGGGUGGACACGCUACAAGUGAAGUGAGCGAGGUGUGCGCUCCGCUACGGCGUGGCAGAAGCCUGGACUACUGUUUGCACUCGGUACCGCUAGAGUUCAGGAGAAUGCAGAGCCAGGUGACCGGGGGUCCACUUUAGGGGGGGUAGUCCGGUUUUGGG